AUGGCGGAGUCCGGCGGCGGCGGCGGUGGUGUUGGCUUCGGCGCGGGGCCCGGCCUGGAACGCCCGAGCAGCAUGGCCGAUAAGAACGGAGCCCUCAAGUGCACCUUCUCAGCGCCCGGCCAUAGCACCAGCCUCCUACAGGGCCUGGCCACACUUCGCUCACAGGGCCAGCUCCUGGACGUCGUGCUCACAGUCAACAGAGAGACCUUCCAUGCGCACAAGGUGGUCCUGGCUGCCUGCAGUGACUACUUCAGGGCCAUGUUCACAGGUGGCAUGAGGGAGGCAAGCCAGGACAUCAUUGAGCUGAAGGGCUUGUCAGCACGCGGCCUGCGACACAUCAUUGACUUUGCCUACAGCGCCGAGGUGACACUGGACCUGGACUGUGUGCAGGACGUGCUGGGUGCGGCUGUGUUCCUGCAGAUGCUGCCAGUGGUGGAGCUGUGCGAGGAGUUCCUCAAGGCCGCCAUGAGUGUGGAGACCUGCCUGCAUAUCGGCCACAUGGCCACCACCUUCAGCCUGGCCUCACUCAAAGAGUCUGUGGAUGCCUUCACCUUCCAGCACUUCCUGCAGAUUGCUGCCGAGGAGGACUUCCUGCAGCUGCCGCUGGAGCGCCUUGUCUUCUUCCUGCAGAGCAACCGGCUACAGAACUGCGCUGAGAUUGACUUGUUCCGUGCUGCUGUCCGCUGGCUGCAGCAUGAUCCUGCCCGGCGGCCGCGCGCCAGCCACGUGCUCUGCCAUAUCCGUUUCCCACUCAUGCACUCGUCUGACCUGGUGGACAGUGUGCAGACACUGGACCUCAUGGUGGAGGACGUGCUGUGCCGUCAGUACCUGCUAGAGGCCUUCAACUACCAGGUGCUGCCCUUCCGGCAGCACGAGAUGCAGUCCCCACGCACAGUUGUGCGCUCUGACGUGCCCUCCCUGGUGGCCUUUGGUGGCACACCCUACACUGACAGCGACCACGCUGUCAGCAGCAAAGUAUACCAGCUGCCUGAGCCAGGAGCCCGCCACUUCUGCGAGCUUACAGAGAUGGAGGUGGGCUGCAGCCACACAUGCGUGGCUGUGCUGGACAACUUUGUGUACGUGGCUGGUGGUCAGCACCUGCAGUACCGCAGUGGUGAGGGUGCAGUGGAUACCUGCUACCGCUAUGACCCGCACCUGAACCAGUGGUUGCGUCUGCAGGCUAUGCAGGAGAGCCGCAUCCAGUUCCAGCUGAAUGCGCUGUGCGGCAUGGUCUAUGCCACGGGUGGUCGCAACCGAGCAGGCAGCCUGGCCUCAGUUGAAAGAUACUGCCCGAGGCGCAACGAGUGGGGCUAUGCCUGCUCACUGAAGCGCCGCACCUGGGGCCAUGCAGGUGCCUCAGCUGGGGGCCGCCUUUAUAUCUCAGGUGGUUAUGGCAUCUCGGUAGAGGACAAGAAGGCACUGCACUGCUAUGAUCCUGCGGCCGACCAGUGGGAGUUCAAGGCACCCAUGAGUGAGCCCCGAGUGCUGCACGCUAUGGUGGGUGCUGGUGGCCGCAUCUAUGCCCUGGGUGGCCGCAUGGACCAUGUGGACCGCUGCUUUGAUGUGCUGGCUGUGGAGUACUAUGUGCCCGAGACAGACCAGUGGACCAGCGUGAGCCCCAUGAGGGCUGGCCAGUCAGAGGCUGGUUGCUGCCUGUUGGACAGGAAAAUCUACGUCGUUGGGGGCUAUAAUUGGCGCCUCAACAAUGUGACUGGCAUUGUGCAGGUGUACAACACUGAGACGGACGAGUGGGAGCGUGACCUGCACUUCCCUGAGUCCUUUGCAGGCAUUGCCUGCGCCUCGGUUUUGCUGCCCCGCGCAGGGAGCAGGAGGUAGCUCUCAGGAUCCCCACUCCUGCCAUGACCUGGCUGCAUGCUGUUCUUGCCAGAGGCUUGGUGAGCACAUGUUCUAUGGAGAACCUCAUGCCCCCACCCCCAAGUACCCCCUACUCCCACCCUGGGCUGGUCUUAUAGGCCCUCCAUGUUGAUAAACCUCCUUCCUAGGGUCCUUCCUUCCUGAAGCAGAUCUCGGCUCUGCGCCUGCCAAGGGAGCCUGCCAGUGAGGAGGCCUACGUGUUAGGGCGGAAAACUUGAGCCUGAGGCAAUUUUCUCGUCUGCACAGGGUCCUCACUCACGAGCGGGAAUCAGGAAUCAGGAGUGUUGCUGUGCCCUGCUUCUCUCCCAGCCCUCAGCCUGGCAGUCUCAUACGUUCAGAUGAGGGCUCAUUAGUGUCAUUCUAAAUUUGUGGUAUGCCACUCUCCCCCUCCUAAUUUUCUUGCACUUGUGUGUUUUAAAAUACUGCACACCACAUCUCUGUCAUUUGGACCCCUUGGAACAGGAGGGGUUUGGAAGCACCCAGCUUGGAGUGAUGACCAAGGGUAGUUCUGUCUCCCCAGUAAGCCCAGGCUGUUGAGUGGGAGGGAGGCCAUGGAGGAGGUUCAGCAAUUGCCCUUACUCCUGUCCUUGGUCCAAGAACCUCAGGGUUUUUGCUCAUCCCACAGAUGGUUCUUACGGGUUCAGGCCUUCCACUGGGUACUGGACCAUGUGGAGGGCCCUGAAGAGAAUUGGGCUAAUGUCCCUGUCCCAUGGAUGGAGGAGGACGCUGCUUUAGAACUCAGUGCAUCUGCAUUCCACAGGUGUGUUCAAGGAUUUUUAUUUCGACCACUCUACAGCCCUGUACUCCCCUUGGUCCUGUGUUCAGGUCAAAGUGCCACCUGGCCCAAGGCUACCAGUGCAGGAAGUCAGACAGAUGGGAACCUUUCUUUUCAAGGGCUUCAUAGCAUUUCUGGCCACAUUUGUUGUAGUCUCCAAACCUUUUUUUUUUGUCGUUCCAUUUUGCCUUUUUUUUUUUUUUAAGAGGCCACCACCGCUGUCUUAUAAAUGGGAUUUGUACCCUUGGGGCAACUUAAAGUGUCUCUGUGCUGCUAACAGACGAUUGAUGUCAUGUCUCUGUGACCCACUCGCUGUGUAAAGAAUUAACCUCAUACCUUAGCA